UAAAACCAAGUUUGUAUGUGUGUGUGAGUUAAAGAGGGCGGGAGAAGACGGUGUGCGGCGUGUGUGUGUGUGUGUGUGUGUGAUAAGAAAGGUGAGCACAGGAGUGGGUGUGUCCGGCCCUGUUGUUCUUUCACACACUCUCUCAUGGCUCAUUAUAAACCUCGUUGAACCUGUUGCCGCCCUGUGACACAUGUAUCACACACUCGCCCCUUGUGUUCCGACACAGUGUGUAAGUCGACGUCUUACGACUGACAGUGAAUGUAGCGGCACUUUACCUGUCUGUCUGUUUUGUUGCUUAGUUUAUCACUUCCUGUUCUGCACAGUCGGACUGCAAACUAAACGUCUCCUCCUGUGGGAACGUCUUGGACUUUAACCUGAUUCUACCCUUUAUUCUUGCACGCUCGCUUGCAUCACUGCCAGACUAAGAAAACAAGACGCUUGCGUUUCGUUUUUUUUGCUUCAUAACUCUCUUAACAACGUCUACGCUGGUGGAUUUUUCUUAAAAUUCUGUGAUCUUGGGAGUCUUAAAGAGCGUCUGUGUGAGCGGCACCAGAGAUGAUGGAAGAGGUGUCCACGAUGAUGGCGUAUGACGCCGAUGUCAUGGAGCAGAUGAGCGAGGAGGAGAUCCUGGCCUGUCUGGUGGCAGAAACGGGACCAACGUUCACAGUGCCGUCAAAGAAAGCCAAACUGCAGAUAAUGGACGAUGAUUUUGAUGAAGACCCCGUGGACAAAUACCUGAAAGAGAACCGUCGUCUUCAGCAGGCCAGCCUGCGUCUGGAGCAGGAAAACGACAACCUCGCUCAUCGACUCAUCACCAGCAAGGUGGCGCUCAGGAAUGCUCUGGACAAGGCUGAGGACAGAGUGGACGAACUCUGCAAAGACCUCCUGCAGACCAGAUAUCGACUGGAGGUCACGGAGGAGGAGAAGAAAGGGAAGGAGGAGGAAACUGCAAAGCUUAAGGAGGUAUUUCGAAGAGAGCUGGAGAAAACAGAGCAGGAGGUCAGGAGGUCAUCGGGCAUCAUCACAGACUACAAACAGAUCUGCUCUCAGCUGACAAACCGUCUGGAGAGGCAGCGCGUCGCCCACAGGCAGCAGCUGGAGUCACUCAAGAGUGCGAUGAAGGACUGUCCUCACUGCCAGCACAGUUUAGAGGCAGAUGAGCGGUCAGCAGAAGACGCUCACACUGUGUCAGAAGCAGAGCGGGAUGAGGACGGUGAUGGUUGUAAAGAGGUGGAGAAGAUGAGGGAAGACCAGGAGAAGGAGUCCUUCAAGGCUCAGAUACGGGAGCUGGAGAAAGAGUUGGCGCAGACCAAACUCCAGCUCGUGGAGUCCAAGUGCAAAAUCCAGGAGCUUCAGCACCAGAAGGGACUCAUGACCAACCAGCUGCAGGAAGCAAAGAACACCUGGAUCAACAAGGCCUUCACCUCGCUGCGCACGUCCAGCGGCGGGGGGCUGCAUGGCAUCAAUAUACCCAGGGACGGGGCUCCAACGCUGGGCUGGCACCUCCACGGCAGCUCCCCGUCUGCAUGGAGCAGCAAGAUGAAGUCGUGGCGUCACGGCGACGGUCAAGAAAAAGCGUGACGGCUUUUAGACUCAUCACAGACUCGGGUUGUUUUGUACACCACACAUUUAAAGGUGUAGCUGCUAUUUCGACUGUCAAGGGCAGGACAUUUUACUGUACAUUCACUGAUCAAGUCUCUGCCACAUUUUUGUACAUAACUGUUUCAUUUUGUAAAUGAUUGACACAAUAUUAAAUAAAUCAAG